GCUAAAUAAAAUACAUUGUGUAUUUGUGUUUUCUAAAGUCAAAUACCUAUUUGGUAUGAGUAAGUACUAAAAUAUUGUCUUAAGUUUUAAUUUUUGUCAACCUAGUACCAGCAAUGUACUUUUCGGACUGUGAUUAGUUAUAUAUUUAUACAGCAUCAUCUUGGUCAUAGGAUCAGCCCCCUCCAGCUUUAAGGCAGCAGGUAUACUAGCAAUUCAGCAUAAAAAAAUAAACGCAGGGAUACUGGCACAAAACACCUCACUGUUGCUUGGAUUUACUGCCAAGCCUGAGAUUUUUCCAAAAUCCAGCAAGGCAUCUUUGAGGAGAUUAAAUUAAGGCAGGUCAGCAGCAGAAAACAUUAGAAGAUCAUAUGCAAAGCUGAAAUGAGUGAGCCCCAGUUCCUGGCAGACUUGCAGUGGGGAUGGAACUUUAAAUUAUUGAAGCCUUGUACCCUAGAGUGGACCAACCUUGAUAAAACCACAAAUAGAUAAGGGCACAAGGGAUCUCCCAGUCUCAAACCUUUUCCUCGGAAAUAUACCACCAAAGAACCAUUUAGGCUAAUAGAAAAUCUGGGAUAAGUAAUACAAACCCUGAUCCAAUGCACAAAUUUGGUAGGGAAGCCAGCUGAUAGCAGACACAUAAGAAUAAAGUUCCAAUCUAGAGAAUCAUAGGCUCUCCUCAAAUCAGCCUUGACGGCACACCUAGCUAUACCAUUGUUCCUAUUAGUGUGUUAAGGCACCAACAGUUAUUGCUAUGAAGCCUAGCUGCUGAGCUGGAAUGCCCCGUGGAGUUUGUACUUAGAUACUUGUUGUAAUGUUUACCCUUGUAAUUGUAAUGUAGUAGAUUAUACCUUCAAUUAACUAACUUCUAAUUGUCCAUGUGAAUAGUGGGAUUUCUCACAUAUGGAUAGUUGGGAAUUAGUAAGGCUGUUAGGGAAGGAAAUAACUGAUUGAACAGUUAAUUAGUUACGACAAUUGUAUUAUAGAGAACAGUAGCAUUGUAAUGGGAAUCAAUCAAGAAAUAAGAUGAAUACUCAGUUUCCAUCUCGAUCCCCUAUUCUUCUCAUGGAGGACUAGGUUCCCUCGAAGUAACCUACUCAUAUUCCCUAUAAUCUUUCUCCAUUCACCCAUUCAAUCCCUAAAAUUUGUGAGAUCAGCUGGGAUCUUAACAUUUGGUAUCAGAGCUAAAUCAUCUUAUCACCAUGGCUGAAGCUCGACCGGCCUCCCAUAACUCAGAAAAGAUCACAGCUUUAGCCAAAGUUACUGAUCAACAUGAUAUCAUUUUACAAUAAAUCCAGAAACAGUUGCAAUCCCUCAAUCAGUUUAUGCAGAAGAUCGUUGAAGCAGAAGAUCAAAGACAAUUUAUACCUAGGGAUCACCAUGCAACCAACGAUUCAACAACUGCAGAAUCUUUUUUCAUGAAUCCAGGAAAACCCUUGAAGCUGGAUUUUCCAAGAUUCCAAGGGGAAGAUCCUGCGAGUCGGGUACUGAGGUACUUUGCAUUUUUCUUACUACAAUACACCAGUGCAACAACGAAUUUUGUUGGCUUCUUAUCAUAUGGAUGGGGAAGCGUUGGUGUGGUUUCAAGAUGUGAGAAUGCUGGAAUAUUCACAAGCUGGGAUGCUUUCAAUAAAGCUCUACAGAUUCACUUUGGCUCUACAGCCUACGAUGAUGCAAUGGAAGCUUUAACAAGGCUUAAACAAUCAUCUAAUGUAGUGGUUUACAAGAGUCAAUUUGAGGCUUUAUCAAACAGGAUCACAGGUUUGUCAGAAACCCAUAAACUCAGUUGCUUCUUGAGUGGGUUAAAGGAUGAGAUACAUCUUCCUGUGAGGAUGUUGGCACCCAAGUCUCUGAAUGAAGCUUUUGGCUUAGCCAAAAUUCAGGAGUAUUUGAUCAGUUGCAAGAAAAGCUUGAAGACUUCUUUUGAUCCCAGCAAGCCCUCAUUGUUAGGGGUGCCCAAGAUUGAAAAUAAGUCUGAACAAAAGGUAAGAUUGCCUCUUCAAAGAUUAACAAGUGCCCAAAUGGAGGAAAGAAGAAAGCAAGAAUUGCGUUACAAUUGUGAUGAGAAAUGGCACACUGGCCAUAAAUGCAAAGGAGAAAAAAAAAAAAAAAAAUUUAUUGGAGGGCUCUGCAUUUGAAGUGGAGCAUGCACACAGUUUGCGAUUGGUGGAAUUAGAUGACAAUGGUGAUGUGGUGAUAGAGCUAGAAGAACAAGACGACAAGGCUGAGAUUACACUCUAUGCCUUGGGGGGAAAUCCAUCUCCAAACACUAUGAGGGUCGAGCAAAAUUAAAGAUCAAGAGGUAAUAUCUCUGUUAGAUUCAGGGAGUACUCAAUUUCUUGGACGCUGCUAUGGCAAUGAAGUUGAAGUUACAAAUUGAUACUUAUAAGAUUUUGGAGGUGAAAGGUUAAGACUAAAGGUGUCUGUCAUGGAGUCCAACUCUUGAUGCAGGGUAUCAAAUUUAUGGGGGAGCUUAAUGCCAUUCCUUUUGGGGGUUGUGAAGUGGUUUUGGGAACUCAGUGGCUGAGUACUUUGGGUGAUAUCAAGUGGGAUUUUAAGUUGCUGACUAUGCAAUUCACUUACUCAGGCAAGCAGGUGAUGUUAAGGGGUGUCCAACCUGAGAAAUCAACUUUUCAAGAGGGUGUCAAGUUCUUCACCAACGGUGCAACAAAGGGCUUAAUCUUACACAUUUCAACACCAGUUCUCUCCUCUAUGCCACUGACUCAGCUACCAGAACCUUUGCAGCAGCUCUUGGAGGAGUAUUCUCAGGUCUUUGAGACUCCCCUAGUUCUUCCACCAUUAAGAGGCCAUGAACACAAGAUUAUUCUCAAAGAGAGCUCUCCACCAGUGUGUAAACAACCUUACAGGUACCCGUUUCCAAA